AUUGGCUGACUGAGUACUUCCUCAGGACUCGGCCAUUCGGAGGGCGCCACAGCGGUCCCUCUAGCCGCCGCCCCGUGGCCGGCCCUCGGUCUUGGGACUGCGAGUUCUCUAUGCUGUUGGCGACGGCAUGUGGCGCCUACCGGGACUCCUGGGCCGCGCUCUUCCCCGUCUGCUGGGACCUGGCCUCUGGGGGGUGACCCCCAAGUCCACUAACCCAGCUGGGCCGCAGGCUGCAUCCUCCAACCUGCUGGUCCCUGUGCCCAGCUUUGACAGGUCAGGCCCCCAUGGCCCAGGCCCAGGCACAAAUAGGGGCCCAAGGUCCCAUGGGUGGAAGGAUGCCUUCCAGUGGAUGUCUUCCCGUAUUUCCCCAAACACCUUGUGGGAUGCUGUAUCAUGGGGCACUCUGGCUGUGCUGGCCCUGCAGCUGGCAAGGCAGAUCCACUUCCAGUCGUCCCUGCCAGCAGGACCUCGGCAAGCAGGGUGCUGCUCUUGGCACAGUCCCCUGGACCGUUUCCUCUCAUCUUCCUUGUGGCAUCCGUGCUCCUCACUUCGGAGACAUAUCCUCCCCAGCCCUGAUGUCCCAGCUCCCAGGCAUACUGAUCCCAGGGAACCCAGGCUGGGCCAGGAAGAAUGCUCCACUCAGCCCGAGAACCUCUCUUCACACAGCUCCUUGAGGGCGUCUGGUCCUCAGGGCCCUUGUGAGGAAGAUCCCAGUGAUCUCAGCUUCCUGUCCACCAGUGGUAACUUUCAACCCAGGGCAGAGCCAGCCCAGCUUCAGUCCACUGGAGAAAAGCAGGAACAAGAGAAGUCAAAAACUCUUUCCCUUGAGGAGGCUGUGACGUCCAUUCAGCAGCUCUUCCAGCUCACCAUUUCCAUUGCUUUCAACUUCCUGGGCACAGAGAACAUGAGGAAUGGGGACUACGUGGCAGCCUUUUCUUACUUCCAGAAAGCAGCAGACUACGGCUACAGCAAAGCACAAUACAACGUGGGCUUGUGUCACGAGCAUGGCAGAGGCACCCCCAAGGACCUGGGCAAGGCAGUCCUUUCCUACCAGCUGGCUGCCAGUCAGGGCCACAGGCUGGCUCAGUACCGCUACGCCAGGUGUCUGCUGCAAGGUCCGGCCUCCGAGGGGGCACCUAAGCGUCAGAGGGCAGUGUCCAUGCUGAAGCAGGCUGCUGAUUCGGGCUUGAGAGAGGCUCAAGCUUUCCUCGGGGUGCUUUUCACCAAGGAGCCACACCUGGAUGAGCAGAGCGCUGUGAAAUACUUUUGGCUUGCAGCCAACAAUGGGGACUCACAGAGCAGGUACCACUUGGGAAUUUGCUUUGAGAAGGGCCUUGGUGUGCGGAGGAGCCUGGGAGAGGCUGUAAGAUGUUACCAGCAGUCCGCGGCUCUGGGCAAUGAACCUGCCCAGGAGAGGUUGCAGACCCUCUUUUCCAUGGAGGCGGCAGGUAAAGCCCUGGGGACCAGCAACCUGGCAGUUAAAGGAUUGAAGUCCUUCUCCAGUCCCUCCCUCCACAGCUUCAACACUCUGCUGGCAGGGGCCUCCCACCUCCCACAUGCCUCGACCACAGGGAACCUUGGCCUCCUCUGUAGGAGUGGGUGUCUCAGAGCCAGCCCUGGAGCCCCCAACAUGACUCUCCCCCCGUUCAGCUAUCCCUUGGAAAGGAGUCUCGUCAGACUGGGUUUUGGCUAAGGUGAGAUAAGACCUAGUCACUGGUGCCUCUUACUGGUGUUGGGGGGCAGGGCAGAGAGGUUGGCUGGUAAGAAAAAAUGGUGUCAGUGUCCUUUUCCAAAGGUGGACAUGCCAGUGGGAGCUGAGGGUCUCAAGCAAUUUCAAGUACGUGGCCCAUGAAUGACUUUGACCUUUCCCCCAAUUGGUAGCCUCCCAGAUGAGAAGUGGAAACAUCCACAGUGAUUUCUGGUUCUGUGCACAAAAGGGAUUCAUUCAGUGACCUGUGAAAAACUCUCCUGAAGGGUCCAGAGACCCUGGACCUCACCUUAGCCUAUGACCUUGAGUAAAACCCUUACCUGUUUCCUCCCAUGCCUCAGUUUCCUCAGGCUCCGACUAUAUCAGUUUUUGCCAACAUCUGAUGUAUGUGCCUCUGGUGGUUCAUGAGAGGAUUUUAGGUACUCAAUAUUUUCUAUCUUACUAGUUGGAUAUUUAAUAAAUGGAUAAUUAAUAAUGUAAAAAUGUGACUAGCACAUCAUGGUUUCACAGAUAUUAAAAAUAAUCCAUUUAAAGAAAAACAUUGUGAAAUUGGAUAAAGGGGAACACAGAUCUGGAGAGGUGGCAAAAACCAUGAGGGUGGUUCCAUGAAUGGCUAAAACUCAGAGAACACUUAAUCAGGCCAUUCUCAAGAUAAGCCCCAACAUUCGCUUUUAUUCAUCCCCUAUGAAUUCAUGAUCAUCUCCCAUUUCACCUUUGAUUUGGAAGGAACGAGUUUCUUGCCUACAUGCUUACCGUAUCUGCUUGACUUUUUCAGAUCCUCUCACUUCAGCCCUAAAGAAGGGAGCCUGUAGGUUCUCAGAGAGAUACCACAACUUGAGCCCCAGAGCAGAGGCCAGUUGUUCUCAACUUCCUAAAGAACCUUAAGUACCUGCCCCAGCACAGUAAAGAAGAAAGUGUGUGAAGACCCAGGUCCGGGCCAUGUCCGCUUGAAGCAGUGACCUGACCCACUACACUGUUUUCUCAGUUGUAAACCAAAGGCACUGGUGUCUGCCCUUCUACCCUACUGAGCCUAUGUGGGGCAUUUUGUGGCAGAAAGGACCUUGGUCCUCACUGAAGCCCAGGGAGGCGGAGUGGUGCCCAUGGUUACCAGGAGAAGACCCAGGCCCCCUGACUCAUAGCCCAGGGCUCUUUUGUGCCUUUCACACUGUAGAUUUACCUGAAAGUGUUCUUGUCAUCUGGCCAAUGUGAGGGAGGAAGUGGAGACUGAGCGCCUGGAGGUUUGCAGCAGGGAAGUGUAGAUUUAGAGAUCCUUGUUUGUGAAAGGUAUGCCAGAAAUGGAUUAGAGUUUAAUAAAAUAGAUAUUGGAUUAUCUCA